UCCAUGGGGACUAUUUCAAAUCUGUCUUUAACAUUCCAAUCCAUUUUGAAUUCAGCAGUUCUGGAGGGACUCCAAGAAUUUCUGAUAGCGCUAUCCAAUCAUCAUCGUUCUAAUCAAUUUAAACAUAAUUUAAUACGGGUUUUAAGUCUAUACGACCCUAUUUCUCCAAAUAUUUUAGAGUAGUCCAAAUAAAAAUCAUUUUAUCCUUUCGUUACCAUUUGUGUGAUGUAUGUUUAGUAAAUUCUACAAAGUAAUUUGUUAUGUUUUUAGGUAAACUUUUUUCUUCAAUCUUUAAAAUCUUUUUCACCUGCUUCAAGGCAACAGGUUUAUGCUUUAGCUCUCCUAAUUCAUCAAGGAAUUGUUAAAACAUCACUUAGUAAAAGGAUAUUUCCUUGUUAAAAAUAAAAAAAUAAUUAUCUUUGA